GGAGCUGAAGGGGGCGCGGCUUGCUGCCCGUCCCUCCCGGGCGCAGGCCCUUCUCUGCCCGGCCCGGGGCUGGCGGCCGGCGGGGGGUCGCGGCGGCAGCGGCGGCGACGCUGGCGGGCCGCGCGUGGCGGGGCUUGGCUCCGGCUCUGGGUGUCAGGGGACAAGAUGGCGGCGGCGCUCCGGAGGCCGGUCUCCUCCUCUUCUUCGCUCUCCUCCGCCCCACCGCUCGCCGCCUCCUCCUCCUCGCUCGCUGCCUCCUCCUCCCGCUGCAGCAGCCCUAGCGACCGCCGAGGCGCCGGCCCGCUGUCCCGGAGCUCCGGAGGAGGAUAGACGGGGCAGCCGCGGGCUCCGGUGACCGAGGCAGAGCUGGGGCCGGGGCGGGGGCGGCGGCGGCGGCGGCGGCGGCGCCGGGGAGGGAUGGGGUCGCAGACGCUGCAGAUCCUCCGGCAGGGGGUGUGGGCCGCGCUCAGCGGGGGCUGGUACUACGACCCGCACCAGGCCACCUUCGUGAACGCGCUGCACCUCUACCUGUGGCUCUUUCUGCUCGGCCUGCCCUUCACCCUCUACAUGGCCCUUCCUUCUUCCAUGAUUAUAGUUGCAGUUUAUUGUCCUGUGAUAGCCGCUGUUUUCAUUGUUCUGAAGAUGGUCAACUAUCGACUUCACAGAGCACUUGAUGCUGGAGAAGUUGUAGAUAGGAACGCAAAUGAGUUCCCAGGUCAGCGAACCAAAGCUGAGCAAGGCAACUGUUCAACUAGGAGAAAGGACAGCAAUGGCCCAAGCGAUCCUGGUGGAGGGAUUGAAAUGUCUGAGUUCAUUCGAGAGGCCACACCACCAGUGGGUUGCAGUUCAAGAAAUUCUUAUGCUGGCCUGGAUCCAAGUAACCAGAUUGGAUCUGGCUCCUCUCGUCUUGGAACAGCAGCAACUAUUAAAGGAGAUACAGACACUGCUAAGACUUCUGACGAUAUCAGUUUAAGCCUGGGCCAGAGCUCUAGUCUUUGUAAGGAAGGAAGUGAAGAACAAGAUUUGGCAGCUGAUCGGAAGCUCUUCCGUCUGGUCUCCAAUGAUUCCUUCAUCUCCAUUCAGCCUUCCUUAUCCUCUUGUGGACAGGACUUGCCAAGAGACUGCAGCGACAAAGUGAGCCUGCCAAGUCACAGCCACCACCACCAUGUCGAUCAGUCUCUGUCCAGUGCCUGUGACACAGAAGUAGCUUCUCUUGUCCCUUUACAUUCACACUCGUACAGGAAAGAUCACCGGCCGCGAGGUGUGCCACGGACCUCUAGCUCUGCUGUGGCUUUUCCAGAUACUUCACUGAAUGACUUCCCUCUGUAUCAGCAAAGACGUGGGCUAGAUCCGGUUAGUGAGUUAGAAUCUUCCAAACCUCAUUCUGGAUCCAAAGAAUCCUUGGUGGAACAUUCUCGUUUAUCUGGGGAAUUUCAGCUUGUUGGUGAGCUGAAAAACAGUAAUUCUCAGCCACCCACCAAAAGCGGGAAGAGCAAACCUUUGAAAGCAGACAAAAGCAUGGACAGCUUGAGGAGCCUGAGCACACGGAGCAGUGGGUCAACAGAGAGCUACUGCAGCGGGACGGACCGGGACACCAACAGCACUGUCAGCAGCUAUAAAAGUGAGCAGACCAGCUCCACGCACAUAGAGAGCAUCUUGUCGGAGCACGAGGAGUCUCCUAAAGUAGGAAAGAAAAGUGGUAGGAAAAAAGAGUGCUGUGCCGACCCAGAGGACCAGAGUAGCUGUACCAGCGACAAAAGGACUAGUAGUGAAAAGACUGUCUUGGAAGUGAGUACAAAUAGUGGGGUUCAAGAGGCCAAGGAGUCUAAUACUUCUGAUGAUAUGCACAAUCAGAGAGGCCUCAGCACCUCUGCAUCUGAAGAAGCCAAUAAAAACCCCCAUGCAAAUGAAUUUACUUCGCUGGGGGACAAACCACUUGGGAAAGCUGCUGAAAGCAAAGAGGAGCAGAGUAAUAAGUCCACUGGUUCAGUGGACUCAAAAGUUGGGAAAGAUGGUGGAAAGCAAAAGGAAGGAGAUGUACGACCUAAAUCCUCUAGCCUAAUCCACCGGACAGCCUCUGCCCAUAAGUCAGGCAGGAGACGGACAGGAAAAAAAAGAGCCAGCAGUUUUGAUUCAAGUCGCCAUAGGGACUAUGUUUCCUUUCGAGGGGUUUCUGGUACCAAGCCCCACAGUGCUAUAUUCUGUCACGAUGAGGACUCCAGUGACCAAAGUGACUUGAGCAGAGCGUCCAGUGUUCAGUCUGCUCACCAGUUCAGCAGUGAUAGCUCCUCUAGCACCACCUCUCAUUCGUGCCAGUCUCCCGAGGGCAGGUACACUGCUCUGAAGACCAAACACGUCCCUAAAGAAAAGGGCAGUGACUCUGAGCACACACACAAAGCUCAUUUGGGUCCUGAAGGAACUGGCAAAAAGCGGACGACACGUCGGACUUCCAGCACAAAUAGUGCCAAGACCCGGGCCCGAGUGCUGAGCCUGGACAGUGGCACAGUGGCAUGUUUGAAUGACUCCACUAGGCUAAUGGCACCUGAAAGUAUAAAACCCUUAACCACUUCAAAAUCAGACCUCGAGGCCAAAGAGGGAGAGGUGCUAGAUGAGCUAUCUUUGUUGGGACGGGCUUCCCAGUUAGAGACGGUCACUCGAUCUAGGAAUAGCUUGCCAAGCCAGGUUGCGUUUCCCGAAGGUGAAGAGCAAGAUGCAGUCAGUGGAGCAGCACAGGCCAGCGAGGAGGCGGUGGCAUUUCGCCGUGAACGCAGCACUUUUAGGCGCCAGGCAGUACGGCGCCGGCACAAUGCAGGGAGUAACCCUACCCCUCCUACCUUGCUCAUCGGAUCGCCCCUAAGCCUUCAAGAUGGGCAGCAAGGCCAGCAGUCCACAGCCCAGGUCAAAGUCCAGUCCCGCCCCCCUUCCCAGGCUGCAGUGCUCAGUGCUAGUGCCUCCUUGCUGGUGAGAAAUGGGAGUGUCCACUUAGAAGCAUCACAUGACAAUGCAUCUGCUGUAGGCGGCAGCAGUUUGCACGAUGAACUUGGUAAGUUCUCUUCUACGCUUUAUGAGACUGGUGGUUGUGAUAUGUCACUUGUGAAUUUUGAACCAGCAGCAAGAAGAGCAUCCAAUAUCUGUGACACGGAUUCUCAUGUAUCCAGUUCUACCUCAGUUCGAUUUUAUCCACAUGAUGUGCUCUCUCUCCCACAGAUUCGGUUAAACAGACUAUUGACCAUCGAUACAGAUUUGUUGGAGCAACAGGACAUUGAUCUAAGCCCAGACCUGGCAGCUACUUACGGCCCAACAGAAGAAGCUGCCCAAAAGGUUAAACACUACUAUCGUUUCUGGAUCCUGCCCCAGCUGUGGAUCGGCAUCAACUUUGACAGACUCACACUUUUGGCGCUGUUUGACAGAAACCGUGAAAUCCUGGAAAAUGUGUUAGCUGUCAUCCUGGCUAUCCUAGUGGCAUUUUUGGGAUCUGUUCUUCUCAUACAAGGCUUCUUCAGAGAUAUCUGGGUCUUCCAGUUCUGCCUGGUGAUAGCCAGCUGUCAGUACUCACUGCUCAAGAGUGUUCAACCAGAUUCUUCUUCCCCCAGACAUGGUCAUAAUCGUAUCAUUGCCUACAGUAGACCAGUUUAUUUCUGUUUAUGUUGUGGUCUUAUUUGGCUCUUGGAUUAUGGAAGCAGAAACCUCACUACAACCAAGUUCAAAUUAUAUGGAGUCACUUUCACUAACCCACUGGUGCUUGUAUCAGCCAGAGAUUUAGUUAUAGUGUUUACACUCUGUUUUCCAAUAGUAUUUUUCGUUGGUCUCCUGCCUCAGGUGAAUACAUUUGUCAUGUACCUUUGUGAACAAUUGGAUAUUCAUAUCUUUGGUGGUAAUGCCACGACGAGCCUGCUCGCGGCACUCUACAGUUUCGUGUGCAGCGUGGUGGCGGUGGCCUUGCUGUAUGGGCUGUGUUAUGGCGCUUUGAAGGAUUCUUGGGAUGGCCAGCAUAUUCCAGUACUUUUCUCCGUUUUUUGUGGUUUGUUAGUGGCAGUAUCCUAUCAUCUCAGCCGACAAAGCAGUGAUCCAUCUGUACUUUUCUCUUUGAUGCAAUCUAAGAUUUUUCCAAAAACAGAAGAGAAAAAUCCAGAAGACCCUCUGUCUGAAGUAAAAGACCCACUGCCUGAAAAACUUAGAAAUUCUGUUAGUGAACGUUUGCAGUCUGACCUAGUAGUGUGCGUUGUGAUCGGUGUGCUGUACUUUGCUGUCCAUGUGAGCACCGUGUUCACAGUGCUGCAGCCUGCUCUCAAGUAUGUGUUGUAUACACUGGUCGGCUUCGUAGGUUUUGUCACCCACUAUUUGCUGCCGCAAGUUAGGAAACAGCUACCAUGGCACUGUUUCUCCCACCCUCUGCUGAAGACAGUGGAGUAUAGUCAGUACGAAGUUCGGAAUGCAGCCACUGUGAUGUGGUUUGAGAAACUUCAUGUGUGGCUUCUUUUUAUGGAGAAGAAUAUCAUCUACCCAUUGAUUGUUCUCAAUGAGCUUAGUAGCAGUGCAGAGACAAUUGCUAGUCCAAAAAAGCUGGAUACAGAAUUAGGCGCUUUAAUGAUAACCAUUGCUGGUCUGAAGUUGCUGCGCUCCUCUUUUAGCAGCCCUACGUAUCAGUAUGUCACAGUCAUCUUUACUGUGCUCUUUUUCAAAAUUGACUAUGAAGCAUUUUCAGAGACCAUGCUAUUGGAUCUGUUCUUCAUGUCCAUACUCUUCAACAAGCUUUGGGAACUCCUGUAUAAGUUGCAGUUCGUGUACACUUACAUUGCCCCAUGGCAAAUCACGUGGGGUUCAGCCUUCCACGCUUUUGCUCAGCCCUUUGCAGUGCCCCAUUCAGCCAUGUUGUUCGUUCAGGCUGCUGUGUCGGCCUUCUUUUCCACCCCCCUGAACCCCUUCCUGGGAAGUGCAAUAUUCAUCACCUCGUAUGUUCGGCCUGUGAAAUUCUGGGAGAGAGACUACAACACAAAACGAGUGGAUCAUUCAAAUACCAGAUUGGCUUCCCAGCUUGAUAGAAACCCAGGAUCAGAUGACAACAACCUGAAUUCCAUCUUCUAUGAACAUCUAACCAGAUCCCUACAACACAGUCUCUGUGGUGAUUUGCUCCUAGGACGGUGGGGAAACUACAGUACAGGGGACUGUUUCAUUCUUGCCUCUGACUACCUCAAUGCGUUAGUGCACCUUAUAGAGAUCGGCAACGGGCUGGUCACUUUCCAGCUGCGGGGGCUCGAGUUCAGAGGUACUUAUUGCCAGCAAAGGGAAGUGGAGGCUAUAACGGAAGGUGUCGAAGAAGACGAAGGGUUUUGCUGUUGUGAACCUGGCCACAUUCCUCACGUGCUUUCCUUUAAUGCUGCGUUUAGCCAGCGCUGGCUAGCUUGGGAAGUCAUAGUCACAAAGUAUAUUCUGGAGGGGUACAGCAUCACCGACAACAGUGCCGCUUCUAUGCUUCAAGUCUUUGAUCUUCGGAAAGUACUCACCACUUACUAUGUCAAGGGCAUCAUUUACUAUGUCACAACCUCUUCAAAGCUGGAGGAGUGGCUGGCUAAUGAGACAAUGCAGGAGGGACUGCGCUUGUGUGCUGACCGAAAUUACGUGGACGUGGACCCGACAUUCAACCCGAACAUUGACGAAGACUAUGACCACCGGCUAGCAGGCAUAUCCAGAGAGAGUUUCUGUGUGAUUUACCUCAACUGGAUAGAGUACUGCUCUUCCCGAAGGGCAAAGCCACUGGAUGUGGACAAAGAUUCUUCCCUGGUGACUCUGUGUUACGGACUAUGUGUCCUGGGACGAAGGGCCUUGGGGACGGCCUCGCACCAUAUGUCCAGUAAUUUAGAGUCCUUCCUCUAUGGAUUGCAUGCCCUGUUCAAGGGCGAUUUUCGUAUUUCUUCAAUUCGAGAUGAGUGGAUCUUUGCUGACAUGGAGUUACUGAGAAAAGUGGUGGUCCCUGGGAUCCGGAUGUCCAUCAAACUUCAUCAGGAUCAUUUCACUUCUCCAGAUGAGUACGAUGACCCUACUGUGCUCUAUGAAGCUAUUGUGUCUCAUGAAAAAAACCUCGUGAUAGCUCAUGAAGGGGACCCCGCGUGGCGGAGCGCAGUGCUGGCCAACUCUCCCUCUCUGCUCGCCCUGCGGCACGUCAUGGAUGACGGCACCAACGAGUAUAAGAUCAUCAUGCUCAACAGACGCUACCUGAGCUUCAGGGUCAUUAAAGUGAAUAAGGAGUGUGUCCGUGGCCUUUGGGCAGGGCAGCAGCAGGAGCUGGUAUUUCUGCGGAACCGCAACCCCGAGAGAGGCAGCAUCCAGAAUGCGAAGCAGGCUCUGAGAAACAUGAUAAACUCGUCUUGUGAUCAGCCUAUCGGCUACCCAAUUUUUGUCUCACCACUGACGACUUCUUACUCUGACAGCCAUGAACAGCUUAAAGAAAUUCUUGGGGGACCUAUCAGUUUGGGAAAUAUCAGAAACUUCAUAGUGUCAACCUGGCACAGGUUACGGAAAGGUUGUGGAGCUGGGUGUAACAGCGGUGGCAAUAUUGAAGAUUCUGAUACUGGAGGCGGAACUUCUUGCACCAGUAACAAUGCAACAGUUGCCAACGAUCCUCACAGCACAGUGUCCCCAGGAAGCACAGGAAACUCAGGCCAGGGGCCCGGAGCAGGACUCCACCCGCCCGUCACAUCUUACCCUCCAGCACUCGGCACCAGCCACAGCUCCCACUCUGUGCAGUCAAGCCUGGUCAGACAGUCCCCGGCUCGGGCCUCAGUCGCCAGCCAGUCGUCUUACUGCUACAGCAGCCGGCACUCCUCCCUCCGGAUGUCCACCACGGGGUUCGUGCCCUGUCGGCGCUCUUCCACCAGUCAGAUAUCGCUUCGAAACUUGCCAUCCUCCAUCCAGUCCCGCCUGUCCAUGGUGAACCAGAUGGAGCCCUCCGGCCAGGGUGGCACAGCCUGCCUGCAGCACGGCCUGCCUUCCUCCAGCAGCUCCAGCCAAAGCAUCCCAGCCUGCAAACACCACACCCUCGUGGGCUUUCUUGGGACAGACGGGGGUCAGAGCAGCACCUCCGAUGCACCGCCAGGCAACACCUUAAGUCCUGCCAAUAAUUCACACGCCAAAAAGGGGGAGGUGAUUUACAGAGUCCAAAUUGUGGAUCCCACUCAAAUCCUGGAUGGGAUCAACCUGUCCAAAAGAAAAGAGCUGCAGUGGCCUGACGAGGGCAUCCGGUUGAAAGCCGGGAGGAACAGCUGGAAGGACUGGAGUCCGCAGGAGGGAAUGGAAGGCCAUGUGAUUCACCGAUGGGUGCCUUGCAGCAGGGAUCCGGGCACUAGAUCCCACAUCGACAAGACAGUGCUCCUGGUCCAGAUCGAUGAUAAAUACGUGACUGUGAUUGAAACCGGGGUCCUAGAGCUUGGGGCUGAAGUGUGAGCCCGUGCUUUAUAACUGCAUUUCUUGUCCCUCUCAAUGCCAAGACUUUGGAGAGAGAGGAGAGCGCAGAAGAUGCUUGCAGGGGUCCUUGAGGUCCUGCGGAGGAGAGACUGGAACGCAGACUGGGCCCGGUCACGCACCUCUCCUUUGCCCUUCGCCCUGGCUCCUGUCACUGUCUUCGUCCCCAAAUAAAGCUGAAAUAUUUUUUUUAAGUUAGCUGCCGAGAAAACAUUUUGCAUGAAGGAUAAAGUUCUGUUAAAAUACAUCCUUUAAAAAAGUUUUUUCUUAUGCAUUGCCUAUGCUUUAAAUCAACAAACUUGAUUUCUAACUAUGAUCUCAUAUUUUCCUAAUUUCUUUGCCAAAAAUAAUUGCCAUGUUUUGUCAUAGAACACAAAAUCCAUUUACCUUGAUUUUUAAAAACAGACCAGUGUAGAAACCUUCUGUUUGACAUACAGCAGUAUGAAAGUUUAAUGUACAGUGAAAAAGACUAUGAACAGAUUAUCUUAUUCCUUGAGCGCUAAAAAUUUUAAUGAAAAAAAAACUGCACUAAUUUUUUUACAACAAUGCACUAAAGUCUGAGAGUUCUCAGAACAUUUAUUUAUAUAUAAAAAUAAAAUACCAUUAUUUAAAUUGCCUUCGGGAUUAGCCCCUUCCCUUUCCUCAUAAACACACACCGCAGGAGCCGCGCUGCCCGUUUCCGUUAGUGGUCCGCACUUCACGCCAGCACAGUGGAUGCUUUCUUUACGAUGGGCACUGAGUCUCGAGAGAGACGUAGCUUCAUCAUGGGUGUUUCCGGAGCCGGCACCCGUGAGCCCGUCCUGUGGACACUGCCGCCAGGUCUGGUGUCUGCACCGCAGUCAGGCUCCCGUGCGGUGAGCGCCCGGGCCCUCUGCCGCCCUCCCCCACCAGGCCAGCUCUGUGGGGGUCGGUCCUGGGAAGAAAACACCUGUGCUUUUCAAAGAAGAAAAUGAACGUCCAGGAAUUUAUUUAAAGAAAGGAUUGAUUGCCUUUUGUUUUAAGAGUUCUUAGCUCUUGAAGUUAUUCACGUGCAGUUGGGUUAAUCAAGUAAAAUUUUUUCAAACAAAAUUAUCCAAAUGGUGCAGUUCUUAUUGUUAUAUCCCUCUUUCAUAGCUUUGUCUUUUAUUUUUCUCUCUCUCCUUUUUCUAUUACUUGAAUUUUAUUUCUUGUAAUUUAUAGCAUUUACCUGUAAUUUGAAAUAUUUAUAACUGAAAUUGACUUAAUUCAUAUGUUGUCUCAUAACUUAAAUUUUAUUUUUUUAAUGCAUGUAUUCAGGGAAAUAUAUAACCCAGAUUUACAAUUGGGCUAGGUGGGAACUGCAAUUUAUAUUUGUCAACUGUUGGCAUUUUUAAAAUCCUUCAGAAACUUGACCUUGUUAAGUGAAAAAGAACACUGUAUGUUUCCUCCGAGCGUUCAGGAGCAGCCAUCUCUCUACCUCCUGAAUGACAAUGGAGGCGAAAUUGAUCUUCGUCAAACAUUUUGUUUCAUCUGAUAGAUCCCACGUGUUAACUGUAUCGGCAUGUGACACUAGCCAUAUUCCAAGUACUCACUAGCCACACAUGCCCAUUGGCUUCUGUACUGGACAGCAUAGGUUUAAAGGAUCUUUUUGAUGAGGUGACAGAAGAGAGAAACUGUUGUUCUACUGUGGUGCACGUUGUACGGUGCAGCAUAACACUCCAGUGGAAGGAAUGAAACGGUUAACGUAGAGCAUCUUACUGCAUUUCCACCCGAAACCUAUUUAUCUUUCCUUGUUCUAAUUUAAAACUGCGGCCGUUCCUCAGAGCCCAGUGUGCCUUGUGCUGACGUUUCCAGACUUCACGCUCUGCAAGAUUCGCUGUUCAAACACGUCAGAUGGUUUUCUGAACCUUCACUCAGAGGUGCCCUUUCUAAAUUGACCAAAGUGUGUUUUCCUGAUAGUAUCAUUCUAUUGUGUAUUGGCCUCUUUUUGGCAAAUCUGUAGUAUGCCAUUAAGAUUCAGGCUUUUUCUUUUGUCUUCUGAAACGGAAUAUAUGAUUAUCUAUCUGUAUAGAUAUAUAUUUAUUUAAAAUCUUCUCAAAGGAGUUGCGCUCCCUGCUGCUGGUUCCCUCAGAAACAAAUGUGGUCCUUCUGUGGUCAUUGCCUUGGUGAGAGGGUAAGUGGAGCCUUUUUCAGUCUUAAGGGGAAAUUAAUUCAUUUUCCUGUAUAGGAGAAAAAUCUGAAUUUCAGAUGAUUCAAUCUGAAGGGCUAGAGUUAUUUUUAUUCCUAGCCCUCCACCUCCUACACCCAAUUGUUAAACAUAUCACACACUCCAAAAGUCAGAUUUCAAAUGCCAAACUAGAUUUUAUAUGGAACAUACAUGUAUUGGGGCAGCAACUGGUGGACAUUUUUCUAAAAAAUUGAAUUUUGUUAACUGGUAGCCCUGUAGUGAGUGUUCAUGAAAUAACAAUCCUAAGGAGAACCCUGUUCUUAUUUUUUAAGCCUAAAACUGAUGGUCUUUUAAAAAUUAUAAUACUUUUCUAAUAAUUACGUCAAGGGAAAUAGGGAUAAUUAAAGAAAAAUUUGUGUCUUAACAAUAAUUUGACCUAAAUUAUCCCAUGGAAAUACACAUACUUAAAUUGAUCAUACGUGUCUCAACUCCGCGGACCCGCAGAAGAGUGAGCCACCUGUCAGGCGCCCGGCCUCGCUUUCCGUUAGCAUGAGAGACCCCGGCGCACGCACGGGCAAUGGGCUCUUCCGUGCACCGUCGCCGACGCUCUUGGAGUUGCGUGAAUUCAAAGUGAGAAUAGGUCAUUGAAACACUAACAUUUUAUUCAUUUCUUUCAAAUGAGCUUCAUUAAUAUCUGGCUUUUUUUGUUAUUUGAUUUUAUUUUUUUUCCUUUGAGGGAGAGUCCCGUAAUGGGUAUAAAUUGUUAGCGUCUCUUUUUGUUUCUUCUCAUUCAGUGGCAAAAAUAAUUUUAUAACUCAAAAUUAAGCUUUUGGUUAAUCUUCCUGCUUACUUGAUAAAACUUUAAAUGGUCACUUUUUUUUCUAAAGAACUCUUAAUUUUGUUAAGGGCCUAGAUUAAUUCGUUGGUAUUUAAGGGUCUUGGGAGAAGAGGUGGUGAGGGGUUUUCUUAUGGGAAGAGGAGAUUAGUUACCUUUCAGGAAACCAUUGAACCAAUUUCAUCAGCAUUCUACCUUCUUUGGGUUUCCAUUGCUGGAAGAUUAACUUCUGUUUGGUUUGAAGUAUUUUUAAAAAUAGUUCAAGUAUACCUGAAAAACUACUACUAAUCUUUGAAACAGAAGGAGACAGUGAGUGAGAUACUCCAAGGAAAAUUUCUCUGUACUAAAUGUCAGGCAAUGAAAAUACUAUACAGCCUGGCUGGUGUGGCUCAGUGGAUUGAGCGCCAGCCUGAGAACCAAAGGGUCACUGGCUCGAUUCCCAGUCAGGGCACAUGCCUGGGUUGCAGGCCAGGUCCCUGGUGUUGGGGGCAUGUGAGAGGCAGCCAGUCGAUGAGUCUCUCACACAUUGAUGUUUCUCUCCUUCCCUUUCUGUCUCUCUAAAAAUAAGUAAAAUCUGUACAGAAACAAGAAAAUACUGUACAAAUUUUUAUAUAGGAAACUACAUCUCAUUAAGAAAAUGUUAUCUUUCUUCCUGGGUUGGUUUAUUUUCACAUUUCAUUUUGAAAUAUAAAGAACAGCCUCAAAUCUAAGCAAGUGUAGCUUAGCCUUAAUAAAUCCUACUUUGCUUCUGAGCAGCAUCCUUCUGCCUGUCUCAGAGAUUUUUCAUUAGUGGAUCGCUGCAUUGAGUCAUUCAUCCAGAGCUGGGUCUUUUAAAUUUAGGCUUUUCUGAGUCUAAAAUCAUCUUGUGCUUUUAGUUAACUUUCAAAAAUCCUUCCUCCUAAAUAUGUGACUUGAGAAAAGAUGACCUAGUGAUUUUGAGAGAGAAUUCUUUGCAUUUGUAUGUACUAAGCUAUAAAUUGCAGCCCAGGUUGGCGAUUGCUUUCGUGGUUGUUUUCAUUACUUUUUCGUGAGUGUGGGCAAAGUCCUCCCCCCUUUUUUUAAGUCUUCAGUACUCAUUCAUAGUUGUUUUUUUAACAGUGCAAUGUGAUAUCAUAAAAUUAUUUUGCCUGGACACAGACCCAGUCAGAUAUUUUUUGAUAGGAUACGUUGUUCAAAUGAGAUAUAAAACAUCCAUUUUUUAUUUAGAGGCUUCUCCUUUAAUUCCAAGGAGAGGGGAGAAAAGAGCAUCAAUCCAGGCCGAGAUGAUACUUGGGACCUGUUAAUGAACUUUGAGCUUUCUGUUUCAGUCACAUGUAGAAUUGAUUUUAUUGAUCUGGAGAAAGAGGAAAAUUAGAUAUUACCAUGUAUUGGUGCAGCAUAAAUUUUAAUAUGUUGGAUAUGUAUAGUGGGUUUUUUUCAAAUAUUAGAAAACCAGCCCUUCUUUCUUUCUUUUUAAAGGAACAAUCUAGCUGAUAAACAUCUAGACCUUCUCAUUUUUACCUUAUUCAAUAUUUAGGCAAGAACUGUGAUUGAGAAGGAAUUUAUUAUACAGAUAGAUCUGCCAGGUAUGUGACUGGAGUAUGGUUUUUGCUUAAAACCAGCAUUUAUCUUCUGCUUUGAAUCACCUCAUCAGAACAUCUGUAAAGAAUCCUAUGUGAUCAGAAUUUCUUUUCAUUGCUUAUCGGCCACAUAUUCUUUCUGGAGUAGAGUAAGUAAGUUCUGUUUGGGAGCCGGACUUCUUCCUCUGCCACUUGGUGAGAGCAGCAUGGCCCCGGGGGAGCCAGAGCUGACUCUCGUCACAGGGCUGCGUGACAGCUCUGUCCUAGGACUUAGGCCUGUUUCAUGGGGUUGUGCUCUUUGUCUCAUGCCUCAGCCCCAUACCUGACAAGGUGUGAUUCCAUGAAGCCACGCUAGGUAAGGAACACAGGGCGUCGAGGUCGCGAUGAGGAUGGCUGUCCCGGUGUUGCCAGCACAGACGGGGUGAUGACCGGGAGUUCACAGUGGAGAGGCGGGAGAGAAUGAGGCUGCUGCCCCCGGGGACUCCUGGGUUCAGUGUACUUGUGUUAAAUGAGGUUCUCUACAUUACAGAGCUUGAUUCUAAUUCUAUACCCAAAUAAUAGAAAUGGGGGCAAAAUCAUGUCUGCUUAUGCUUCUUCGAAGCUUGUAGUUUAAAUAAAAGUAAAUUGUAAGAACUGAUACACAAGCCUGGCAACGAGCUGUACGUGAGGAGACGGAAGGGGGAGCGCCAGUGAGGGUUCUAGGAAGGUGGGCGUGAGGGCAGACAGCGGCUCUCUCUUCUCUGACCACAGGCUCUGACAGGCUGGCCGCCUCUGCCAGCAUUCGGCAGAAACCAGAGCGAAGGGUGUAUGUACUUGCGUGUGUCUGCGAGUGUGUAUGUGUCUUGAGUGUUUUGUUAUUCUCAAGUUUGUAAAUACUGUAGUUGUUUAAAAUGAAAAAUAAAAGCUGAGAUUGUUUCUUUUUUCCUUGCAAAUAUAUUGCAUCAAAAAUACAGCAUUGACAGAUAAAACACUGAGGAAAUAAAAGUUUUUUCAUUU